AUGGUCGAAACAGCAGAAGCAACAACCAAACGGCGAUUUGUUCUCACAUGGUCUGUUUUGCUCUCUUGGGGAUGUGCCUUCUUAAUCGCACUUGUCUCCGUCAUUGUUAUUCCGAUUUUGUAUACGAAUAAAAAAUCCAAUCAAGCUGCAGAUGCAGGAGUUGUUCUGCGUUGGAAUACAAAGGGUAGAAUUGUUGCCGGUACUUUAAAUGAGGAAGGGUCGGGUGCUCGGCAACUUUUUCAUCCGAUUGGUUUGGCAUUUGACUCAUCCGACACACUUUAUGUUGCCGAUUAUGAAAAUAAUCGAGUUCAAAAAUGGUCAAUGAAUUCAACGACUGGUGGCACAACAGUUGCUGGACAAGCAACUGCAAUUAUGGGUGUCAAUUCAACAAUGUUUCAUUAUCCUACUGACGUACUUCUUCAUCCGAAUGGUGAUCUAUACGUAUCAGAUCGGUAUAACAAUCGAGUCCAAUUAUGGGCCAGUGGUGCAUUGGAGGGAAAGACUAUCGCCGGCACAGGGCGGGCAGGAACUGAAAAUUAUGAAUUGAAUAAUCCAUGGGGUCUUGCAUACAAAUAUGAGACGAAAACAUUGUUCAUAUCCGACUGUUAUAAUAACCGUGUAGUUGCAUAUCCAUCAGGUUCUUCGAAUGGUACAGUUGUAGCUGGUGGAAAUAUUCAAGGAAAAACACCGACACAAUUAUUUUUUCCUACUGGAAUCUAUUUUGAUUCGUUAACAGAUAGUCUUCUCAUUGCCAACUGGGGUGGAAAUAACAUUGUUCGAUGGGUGUUAGGUGCAAGUAAUUGGACUCUGAUCGUGGGAAGUGCUAUUGGAGAAUCUGGUAGUGGACCAACAUUUCUCAAUGGGCCUUAUGAUGUGACACUUGAUCCUUAUCGAAAUGUCUAUGUUGUUGAUAAUGCAAAUUUUCGUAUACAAAUGUUCAAACCUGAUGAAAUAAACGGCACUACGCUUGCAGGCUCAACUGGAAGAACUGGAAAUAGUUAUGGAUUAUUAAAUAGUCCAUAUACAGUGGCUUUUGACAGUCAACUGAAUUUGUAUGUAGCAGACACGUUUAACAGUAGAGUUUUACGAUUUACACGAUAUUAA